CCCCUAUGAAGUGCACUCGGGCAGAAAGAGUGAUUCGGUAUUGAGCCGAUAGGUGAGCCAGUAGUACUUCUUGGUCGUCGGCAGAGGGCGCUGUGCUAGGUUUCAGCUCAAGGAGGAAGCCGUGCUGCACUGUGGGUGCUCUCCUUGGAUAGAAUGGGUCAGAGAGAAGAGCGCGACCGGGUUUAAAUUAUUAAAUUAUUUUAAAUAAACCAAAAGGAUUUAAUUCGUAAAGAAAAUGAAACGCGACGUCCGGAUUCUGCUGUUAGGAGAGCCUAAAGUGGGGAAGACGUCUCUCAUCAUGUCCCUGGUGGGAGAGGAGUUCCCUGAGGAGGUUCCCCUGAGAGCUGAAGAGAUCACUAUACCUGCAGACGUCACACCUGAGAAGGUGCCCACACACAUAGUGGAUUACUCCGAGACUGAGCAGUCAGAGGAUGUGCUGCGAGAUGAAAUUUUUAAGGCUAACGUAGUGUGUGUGGUGUAUGACGUAACACAAGAAGAAACUAUCGACAAGAUUAGGACUAAGUGGAUCCCGCUUGUAAACGGUGGUGCUGAAAAAGGCAGCAAGCUUCCCAUCAUCCUGGUGGGCAACAAGUCAGAUCUGCGUUCUGGUAGUUCAAUGGAAACUAUCCUGCCCAUCAUGAACCAGUUCUCAGAGAUUGAAACCUGCGUAGAGUGCUCAGCUAAAAACCUGAAAAACAUUUCUGAGCUCUUCUACUAUGCUCAGAAAGCUGUUCUGCACCCCACAGCACCACUUUACGAUCCUGAGGAGAAACAGCUGAAACCUCUCUGUGUUCGUGCCCUGAGUCGGAUCUUCACUAUAUCUGAUAAAGACAAUGAUCGAAUUCUUAGUGAUUCCGAACUCAACAGCUUUCAGAAAUCGUGCUUCGGAAACCCGUUAGCUCCUCAGGCCCUGGACGAUGUUAAAACAGUCGUGUGGAAAAACACCAGUGAUGGAGUGCAGGAUAACGGCCUCACCCUUAAUGGUUUCUUGUUUUUGAACACACUGUUUAUUCAGAGAGGACGUCACGAGACCACGUGGACCAUUUUGCGCAAGUUUGGCUAUGAUGACACACUUGAUCUCACUGAUGACUUCCUCUAUCCACAGCUGCGUGUACCUGUCGGUUGUACGACAGAGCUGAAUCAUCUGGCUUAUCAGUUCCUUCAGCAGCUGUUUGACAAGUAUGAUGAGGAUCAGGACUCUGCCCUUUCUCCAGCAGAGCUAAAAAAUCUAUUUAGUGUAUUUCCCUAUAUGCCCUGGAGUGAGUCUGUCUAUAGUAGCGUCCCCACUACAGAGGAGAACUACAUAUCUCAACGUGGCUACCUCUGCCAGUGGACGUUGUCUGCGUACCUGGAUGUCCACAGAUGUCUGGAGUACCUGGGUUACCUUGGUUAUCCCAUUCUGAUGGAGCAGGACUCUCAGACGUCUGCUAUCACGGUAACCAGAGAAAAAGCCUUAGACAUGGAAAAGCGGCAGACACAGCGCUCAGUGUUUCUCUGCAAGGUGAUUGGUCCACGUGGGACAGGAAAGACAGCUUUUCUGAAAGCUUUCCUGGACAAAAGUCUUCUGAGUAAUGAGCGCAAUCCUAAUGCCUUCUCUAUCUACACCAUAAACACUGUCACAAUCGCCAACCAUGAGAAAUACCUCAUUCUUGAGGAGGUUGAUGUGGAUACUGAGUUCAUGAAGGCUACAGAUGCAGCGUGUGAUGUCGCCUGUCUGAUGUAUGAUGUCAGCGAUCCCGACUCAUUUAACUACUGUGCCAGUAUAUACAAGCAGCACUACAUGGAUCGUGGCAUGCCAUGCAUGGUGGUGGGCUCCAAGGCUGACCUGCCUGAGGUGAAGCAGCACCACGGCAUGAGCCCAGCCGAGUUCUGCUACAAACACAGAUUGUCUGCGCCACUCCGUUUUUCCACGCUACACCCACAAAACCACGAACACAUCUACAGCAAGCUUGUCUGGGCAGCCAUGUACCCGCACCUGAAUGGCUCAGACAUGAGCAGCACUUCCUUCUGGCUGCGUGUGACGCUCGGUGCUGCCAUUACCACCGUGCUGGGAUUUGCCUUCUACAGAGCCUUCAGCAGGCACAAAUAACACACACACACAAACACAUACACACGCUCCAAUAUCAAUCCAAGUCUACUAUCCGAGUCUGCUCUGUUGCUGACGGUGCUAAAGGUUCUAUGUGGGAAAUUUAUGUCAAGUUGAAAAUUUUAUUCUGAAUAAUAGGCAGAGCUUUGCUUAUUGACCGAGCUUAUUUUGACCUCCUGACCUUACAACAUUUUUGGAGUGGCUGCCAUCCGCACGCACCAUACAGUGGCAAGGUGAGACAGACACUGUGAGAGAUAAGGGUUUGCUUGUGUGUGUCUGUUAGAAAGCUGGGAGCAAAUAGUUAGUAUAUAAUAAUGAUGGCAGGCAGUAAAUGGUCCAAGAAGAACUUUCCAUAGUGUUUUCUCUUUUUUUUUUUUUUUUUUAAAUAUAGAACUAGUCCUGAGGUUUUGAAAAGAAAUGGCCGUGAUUCUCUCAUGUCAGCUUGUCAGAAGCUCUGUGUUGGACCUUUAGGUAACAUUUUUAUAGUGAGCAAUCAAUGUCCACAAAUUAGUAAAUGAUUGAUUAAAUUAUAUCCAUAAAAGAAACAGUUCAACAAAGUAUGUGUUCAGUUCAAAACUAUGUGUACCAUACCCCAAAUAUAGUCUAACAAUCCUUGGUUUUCAUACAAAUAUGGGAGGCUUAUAGAUGAUUUUAGCAUUGUGCAAUUUGCAUGUCUAAUUUAUACAGGGUCUGGCAGAAUACUUAAAGUAUUUAAAGCUGAAUACUUGAUACAGUAGCCAAUUUUAAUAUAGUAUUCUUAUUGUUCAGCUUAAUUUACUUUUUAUGUCAAGUACUUAAGUCUUUUGCUGGUACUAAUCUAUAUUAUGCAUAAAGCUGCACAGUUUGUUGUUUUCAGCAUUUUAUAAUUAUUCAAACCAACCCAGUACCUAGGAUGAGCUGAAAAGCUGAAGAGAUCUGCAUCAAGAAAAUGUUUGCAUAGCUUUUUUUUAAGAGUUUGCUUUGUUUUUUGGAAAAAUAUAGAAACAGAAUGGUUGAAACCUCCCAAAAUAUAAUUUAAACUAUAUCCAUUUUCCAUUUACUAAUAAAGCAGCAUUUAAGCCAACUAAUUGACUUAAGAGGGAGAAUGUUACUUUGGGGUAUUUUAAAUAGUGGGAAAUGUGCAAUUCAGAGAUUUGAAAAAUGUCGUAUUUACCACUAAAUUCAUUUAGGAAAAAGCCAGAAAACAAUGAGCCAAUGACAUCAUGGUAUCUGUUUAACAGUAACUUCAGACUAGUUUAAUCAACUAACUAACAUGUUCUAUUUUUAAGCUGCUAAUGCUUAAAGUACCUGGAGCAUUAUAGGUUUGUGUGCAUUAAGUACUGCACUAAAAUUACACUGCAAAGUAUGCAAAUUCUGUGUAGCUGUGGAAAUACUACUGUUUUUAGCUAUCUGUUAUGCUUUUGUUAAUUUUAAAGGUAGGUUAGCAAGUUUGUGCUUUCUAAGCAAUGCAGUGUAGUUUGAGGUGAGUGUGAGAUUAUACAUGCAGCUCGCACAAUGUUAACCUGGUAGCAAAAAGCUUCAAUUACGACACCAAGCAUGCCUUGGCUUAAUUUGGAAAAAGAAAUGUGGGGACCGUGAUUUAUUCAAUUCUAGCCAAGGGCUUACAUCCUAAAAUGAUUUUUUUAGGCAUGUAUAAUUUUUUUUAUUAUCAGGUGGUGCAGCGGUAAAUUACGCUAGCCCAUUACUGCUGGAAUCCAGGGUUCAAAUCCCCAGCGGUGCUGUCGGCUGGUCGGGCGUCUUCAUACAGACAUGAUACACUGUGGGGAAUAAGAGAUGGAUAGGCAUCCUCUAAAGGGUGUGUUAUCUCAUUGUGCCGUUGAUUCCAGGGAAGCUGGACACCCAUCUUAAUACACGUGUGACAACCAGUAAAAUGGAAGAGAGGCAGGACUUGAGCUGCCUUGAAUGUUGAUUUUUAAGACACUUUUUUUCUUAAGUUUCUUUUAUUAUUUUGGAGGAUGUUUAGCCAAUAGCUGCUUUUAAGAGUGCUGAUUGCUACAAUCACAAACCUAUGCCUUGAACCAAUUUUUUUAAUUGAUUGAUUAUUUAUUAAAGUGCAGCUAUUUAGGGUUCUCUGCUGGACAAAAGUUUGAACAUUUGCAUUAUUUUCAUCUUGGUAGUAUGCUAGUUUAUAGACUUUUGGGUACUUAAAAAAUAACUUGGGCCAGCUCACGUCUCACCUUAAUUUGUGUCCCACACAAAAUCAUGUAAGAUUAUAUAAUUAUAAUUUUUAAUAAUUCUCUGUUUUCAAAUUCAGACCCACCAAUGAUAAUGCCAGAGAAAUUAAAUUAAUCAGUAUUCUAUUAGCAUGCUUACUACAAAUUUAUUGCCGUAUCCACACUAAAAAAUUAGCUGACUGGACCUUUAGUUUAAAGACAUGGCCUCUUAGGAAAUGUUUGAUUAAGAUGCAUCAGAAUCGGUAUGUUCAAUCAAAUACAUUUUGUAAUAAACCUUUUUUCAAAUGA